AUGCGAUCUUCAUGGGCUGAUUCAGUUGCGAACGCCGAGGAAUCGGCGCCCGCGACUGUUACUGCUAAUGCCCCUGCCCCUGCUGUUAAUCAUCAGAACUCGCGCUCCACCCUCAGCGCGUACGUUCCUCCCCACCUUCGUGGCCGCUCAGGUGGUCCUCUCCCUGAGAACAAAGCAGUGCCUGCUGCAGCUCCUGCACCAGCUGACGUAAGGCCUGCUGCUGUGCAGCCUUCUGGUUACGCAGCUGUUGUUGGUGGCAGCUCUCGUUGGGCAGGCCCUACUGUUGGUGGUAGUGGCGGUGGCGGUGGUAGCGCCAUAGUUGGUCCUCGCCAGGGUGGUGGCGGUCGAGGCGGCGGUUGGAACUCCCGACCUGGGUGGGACCGUCGGGACCUCAUGGCUUGUGCACAGACAGGGUCUGGAAAGACUGCAGCCUUCUGUUUCCCUAUCAUUAGUGGGAUCUUGAAGUCAAGGGACUCAAGGCCACCCCAGAGGCGAGGUUCCAGGACUGCUUGCCCUCUGGCGCUGAUACUAUCCCCUACUCGUGAGCUAUCUAUGCAAAUUCAUGAAGAAGCAAGGAAGUUUUCAUACCAAACAGGGCUGAGGGUGGUUGUUGCAUAUGGUGGAGCACCAAUACAUCAGCAGCUGAGGGAACUGGAAAGGGGUGUAGAAAUCCUUGUGGCAACUCCUGGUCGCUUGAUGGAUCUGCUGGAGAGAGCCAGAGUGUCACUGCAAAUGAUAAAGUACUUAACUCUUGAUGAAGCUGAUCGAAUGCUCGAUAUGGGCUUUGAGCCACAGAUCCGCAAGAUUGUUGAACAGAUGGAUAUGCCCCCUCGUGGUGUGAGGCAGACUAUGCUGUUUAGUGCUACUUUUCCAAAAGAAAUCCAGCGGCUGGCUUCAGAUUUCCUUGCUGAUUACAUAUUCCUUGCUGUUGGAAGAGUUGGUUCCAGUACUGAUUUGAUUGCUCAGAGGGUUGAGUUUGUUCUUGAGGCAGACAAAAGAAGUUACCUUAUGGACCUUCUUCACGCACAAAAAGCUAACGGCACCCAUGGAAAGCAAUCUCUUACUUUGGUAUUUGUGGAGACAAAGAGGGGAGCUGAUGCUCUGGAGGACUGGCUGUUUAAAAACGGGUUCCCUGCAACAAGCAUUCACGGAAGAGAGUAUGCAUUGAGGUCCUUCAAGAGUGGAGCAACACCCAUACUUGUUGCAACUGAUGUGGCUGCUCGUGGACUUGACAUACCUCACGUUGCUCAUGUCAUCAAUUUUGACCUCCCAAAUGAUAUAGAUGACUAUGUUCAUCGUAUUGGGAGGACAGGACGAGCGGGGAAAUCUGGUCUAGCUACUGCCUUUUUCAAUGAGGGCAACCUAUCGCUAGCAAGGCCAUUAUGUGAUCUAAUGCAGGAGGCUAACCAAGAGGUUCCAACAUGGCUUGAGCACUAUGCUGCCCAUUCUUCAUACGGUGGUGGCGGUGGUAGAAAUCGCCGAUCAGGUGGUGCUCGAUUUGGUGGCCGUGACUUCCGCCGUGACCGGGACUUUAGGGGAGGAGGCGGUGGAGGAGGAUACAGCGGCGGUGGUGGUGGAUAUGGUGGCGGCAGUUAUGGUGGUGGUGGAUAUGGCGGCGGCUAUGGUGGAGGUGCAACUAGUUCCUGGGACUAG